UUUAUUUCAAUAAAGCAACUUUGCUUUAUAUUUUAGAGGCAGCCUCUCUGCACCCUGGACCAUCUGACCUGGAUGAAGCUGGAUCAGCCAGGCAGAGCCGGUCAGCACACAGUGAUGCACAGACCGUAAAGCGGAUUGGCAGACUGGUGAUGAGGCGAAUAUGUGUGCCAGAGUUGGACCAGAGGUUUUCUGACAUGGCAGAGACUUUCAAUGAACAGCACGAGCGAUAUGAGGCCAUGGUCCGAAAUAUCAGAAACCUGCGCCAGAGCUACGGCUGUAACAACAAUGAUACCCUGGCUUUAGCCGAAUGUGUUGGGAUGAUCAGAGACGAGCAUAAGGCCAAAUACAGGGUCUCCCUUAAGAUAAAGGGUUAUGAAAUCUCCCUUAAUGUGGUUUGUGUGGAUGAAAGUGAUGAGGAACCACUGCCUCAACAUCUGCAAUUUGCUCAGAAUGAAGUGAAGGGCAUUUCUGAGGGUGCCAAAGCCACCAUGUCAAAGGGAACCACACUUCAAGAGUUGAUUGGCUGGCUGCUCCGUAGCAAGGAUCAAAUGGUCGAACAAGUGAAGGGGGUUGCAGCAACUUACCAGGAGCAAGGCAGACUGAGUGAGAACCUGGAGGAGAACCUGAAAGAAGUGAGGAGGGCUAAAGAGUUUUCCCUUGGAUACAGACAACAGGCCGGGGAAGUCUUCACUGAGGCUGCACAGAUAGCAGGGGCUUAUCUUUAGUUCAUGUUUGUUUUUAGAUGUCCACUUGAAAUCCACAAUUUACAUAUAAUUUACAGAUCAAAACAAUAUGGCAAACACAGAACAUAAUGGAUGUAUUUCAGCUAACCAAGUAUACCCUCUGCUUUGCAGUCGUGUAUCACCUUAAUUAUCAGUACACAGAGUUUUAAAAUGAUAUCUUUUUUUUUUAUUUAUCUUUUUUUUAUAAAAAAAGUCCCUGGUUUUUGAGACUUACUUUAAUAUUUAAAUGAUGAUGUUUGUAUAAUGACCUACAUUAUUUUCCUGGAUGGGUGUAAUCUUAGCCACUAACAUUAGGUGGCAUUGCAGAAUCACUUUACUUCUCUAAGAUGGCUCCUCAAUUUAUAUUCCUCAAACUAUGUUUUGUUUCUCAAAAUUGCACUACAUACAUUAAAAUGGCCAAUAUUCCAAUACCAAUAUUAAACAUA